CCAAUACAGCUGACUAUGCAGAGAAUCAUGGAAGGUGAAUGUGUUCUUUUCUCAGUUACAAAUCUAGGAAAAGAACCGAAAACUCCCCCGUGGUUGAUCGGUGUGAUCUGCGCUAUUGUGGUCGUCAUAAUCGUCAUUGCCGCGGUGACCGUUCUGUUGUACCGAAGGAAACACAACCCUGGUGCCAAUAUUCCAGGGAAGAGUGGAAACGAAAUGACAAACCUAGAUACAUCGAAGCGACGUGAUCACCCAGCUACUGACGGGUCGGUCGACAACAUCAUCUACAACACCGAGGAUGAGGGUUUCGUGGACAAUGUUAUUUACAACGCCGGCGAUGAUGGGACCGUGGACAAUGUCAUCUAUGAAGGACAAGACUCCCAGUCGAAGGAUGAGAAUGCACCUGAGUCGCAGUACGAGACCAUAAACUAG